ACGCCGCUGUGGGCGGGGCCCCAGACCCCGGCCCCGCCCCGCCCCUCUGGACCGCCGCCUAUCGGACCCCGGCCGCCCUGCUGGCCCGCGCCCUGGACGCCAUGAAGCAGCUGUGUUUGUGCGCAGCCGCCUCCUUUGCGGACCACCUCCCCUGGCAGCUGCGGCUCAGCCCCGCCGACCUCGGCUCCUGCCCGCCCUGCAGCCCCUGCCCCAUCCCGAAGCCGGCAGCCAGAGGCAGGCGCCAGGGCCAAGACUGGGGCAAAAGCGACGAGCGGCUGCUGCAGGCCGUAGAGAACAACGACUCUGCCCGGGUCGCUGCACUCAUCUCCCGAAAGGGGCUGGUGCCCACCAAGCUGGACCCCGAGGGCAAGUCUGCGUUCCACCUGGCAGCCAUGCGGGGCGCUGCCAGCUGUCUGGAGGUGAUGCUGGCACAGGGCGCCAACGUGAUGAGCACGGAUGGGGCAGGUUACAAUGCUCUCCACCUGGCCGCCAAGUAUGGGCACCCACAGUGUUUGAAGCAGCUGCUACAGGCCUCCUGCAUGGUGGAUAUCGAGGACAGCAGUGGGUGGACAGCUCUGCAUCAUGCAGCGGCCGGCGGCUGUCUCUCCUGCUCGGAGCUGCUGUGCUCCUUCAAGGCACAUCUGAACCCCCGAGAUCGGUCGGGCGCAACGCCCCUCAUCCUGGCAGCUCAGAUGUGUCACACAGAUCUCUGUCGCCUCCUCCUGCAGCAGGGGGCUGCUGCAGAUGACCAGGACCUGCAGGGCAGGACAGCUCUGAUGCUGGCCUGCGAGGGCGCGAGCCCUGAAACCGUGGAGGUGCUACUGCAGGGCGGGGCCCAGCCGGGCAUCACCGACGCGCUGGGCCAGGACGCGGCGCACUACGGGGCCCUGGCGGGGGACAAACUCAUCCUCCACCUCCUGCAGGAGGCGGCCCAUCGCCCCUCCCCACCGAGCGAGGAGGACUCGGGCGAAGCUUCGUCUCAGAACUCUGUGUCCAGCCAUGACAAGCGAGGGGGUCCUAAGAAGCGGAAGGCGCCCCAGCCUCCCGCCAGCAUCCCUGUGCCGGACGAUCGAGAAGCCUACGAGGAGAUCGUGCGGCUGCGGCAGGAGAGGGGACGCCUCCUGCAGAAGAUCCGGGGCCUGGAACAGCACAAAGAGCGAAGGAAGCUGGAGCCACAGGAGGCAGAGGCCAGCUCACUGCACAGCCUGGAGAGACAGGUGCAGGAGCUGCAGCAGCUGCUGGCGGAGAAGCAGGAGGAGAAGGAGAGCCUGGGACGCGAGGUGGAAAGUCUGCAGAGCCGGCUGUCCCUGCUGGAGAGUGAGCGAGAGAACACCAGCUAUGACGUGGCCACCCUGCAGGACGAGGAGGGGGAGCUCUCUGAUUUUCCAGGGCCCGAGGCCGCCCGGCAGCUCAGCCCCGCAGCCCAGGUGCGCCUGGCCUCCCUGCAGGAGCAAGUGGCUGCGCUCACCAGACAGAACCAGGAACUGAUGGAGAAGGUCCAGAUCCUGGAGAACUUCGAGAAGGACGACACUCAGCUGGCUGGGAACGGCGUGGCCGAGGUCGUCCCCCUGGUCCUCUACGAGUCCCUGCGGGCUGAGUUCGACCAGCUCCGGAGGCAGCACGCAGAGGCUCUGAGGGCCCUCGAGCAGCGGGAGGCCCGGGAAGUCCCCAGACAGGAAGAGGACAAAGACUCGGGGGCCUCAGAGACCCAAAAUGGGCCACCUGACACAGAGGUGAAUGGCACCGUGGUCCCAGAAACCAGAAUUAAUGGAGCUGAGAGUACAGACGAAGAUGGGGCAGGCGGGGAAACCGCAGGAGCUGGGCCCGUGGAAGCAGCCGCCGAGGCCUCAGGGGCCGAGGGAGCCCAGGAGCAAGGGGCUGAGGCCACAGAAAUCGAGACCGAGACCGGAGAAGAGGGAGAGACCAUGGAAACUGAAGCAGCCACGGCUUCAGAGGCCACGGGAGCCGAGGCCGCAAGGAUGCAGCCAGCAGUGAAGGCCAAUGCAGCCGGCACCAGGGGAGCAGAGCUCGCUGCAAACACGGAGGCCACGGGAGCUAAGGCCACUGAUGCAGGGACCACUGUCCUGGAGGCCACACCCGCCACAGUCCUUGCCGGGCCCAUCCUGCACCCCGGCGCUGCAGAGGCCUCUGAGAAGCUGCAGUCCGAGCUGGAGACCAGGAUCCGGAGCCUGGAGGAGGCGCUGCGGGAGCGGCAGCGCGAGGCGGCUGCUGAGCUGGAGGCCGCCCGGGGCAAGUGCCAGGCGGCGGAGGCCGAGGCAGGCAGGCUCCGGGAGCGGGUGCGAGCCGCCGAGGGCGCCGGGAGCCACGCGGGCGGCGAGGGCGGCAGGGGCAGCGGUGGCGGUGACGCGGCCCAGCUGCGGGCCGCCCUGGAGCAGGCCCGGGAGGACCUCCGCGAGCGGGACUCCCGCCUGCGCGAGCUGGAGGCGGCCGCGGCCUGGCUGGACGAGGCCCGGGCGGGCCGGCUGCUGGCCGAGGAGGAGGCCCGGGGCCUGCGGGCGGAGCUGGCCCGGCGGGAGGAGGCGCGGCUGGAGCAGAGCCGGGAGCUGGCGGUGCUGCGCGAGCAGCUGGCCUCGGCCACGGCCACGGCCGAGCGGCACCGGGUGGCGGCCGCGGAGCUGGGCCGGGCCCGGGACGCGGCCGAGGCCAGGGCCACCGAGCUGGCCACGGCGUGUGAGGGGGCGCGGCGGGGCCUGGCGGAGCUCCGGGAGGCCUCGGUGCCCGCGUGCGAGCACCACCGGCUGCAGCAGGAGGCCCUGGAGCUGCGGGGCCGCGCGGCCGGCCUGGAGCAGGAGCUGGUGGCCGCCGGCAGGGAGGCCGCCCGGCUGCGGGCCGAGCUGCAGCGCGAGCGCGUGGGCAGCGUGGCCCUCUCGGAGCACGAGCGCGUGGUGGGCGCGCUGCGGGCCGACGUGGCCCGGCUGGAGGGGCAGCUGCAAGAGCUGGCCCGGCGGCACGAGAAGACCAGCGCCGAGGUCUUCCAGGUGCAGCGGGAAGCUCUGUUCAUGAAGAGCGAACGCCACGCGGCUGAGGCCCAGCUGGCCACGGCGGAGCAGCAGCUGCGGGGGCUCCGUACCGAGGCGGAAAGGGCACGCCAGGCCCAGAGCCGAGCCCAGGAAGCCCUGGACAAAGCCAAGGAGAAGGACAAGAAGAUCACAGAACUCUCCAAAGAAGUCUUCAGCCUGAAGGAGGCCUUGAAAGAGCAGCCCGCCGCCCCCGCCAGCCCCGAAGUGGAGGCCCUCCGCGGCCAGGUGAAGGCUUUGCAGCAGCAGAUGGCGGAUGCCGCCCGGGACCACUGUGCCGUGGUGGCUUUGUACAGGAGCCACCUGCUCUACGCCAUCCAGGGUCAGAUGGAUGAGGAUGUGCAGCGGAUUCUCACCCAGAUCCUGCAGAUGCAGCGGCUGCAGGCGCAGGGCCGCUGAGGACCGGUUUUGCCCGCCCCACACUGCCACCGUGCCUCUCGGCAUUUGGGGACCAGCCUAGGACCCACCCUAGCAGGCAGCAUCACCCCUUGUGGUCCCUACACACACAUGCGCGCGCACACACACACACACACACAUGCACACGUGCGCGCGCGCGCGCACACACACACAGACACAGACACACACACACACACACACACACACACACACACACACACACGGGUCAGACUGGCACCCCUCCCUCCCCACCGGACAAUCUGUGAAUCACGAGCUCCUGCCCAUGUCUCGUCCUCAACACCAAUGCAGGAAUAAACCAAUACUGUGAGCCAGGCCUGGUGGCGCACGCCUGUCAUCCCAACACUCAGGAGGCUGAGGCAGGAGGACUGCUGCAAGUUCGAGGCCAGCCUGGGCUACAAAGUGAGCUCAAGGCCAGCCUGGAUUGCAUAGAGACCCUGACUCAAAAAUAAAUAAAUAAAUAAAUAAAUAAAUAAAUAAAAUAACCAUUUUGUGCACAAGAACAA